AUGAUUCAACUCGUAGCCCUCCAAUUGAUAAUCAAAACGCCGGUCAUCCGUACCACAACUUUAGGAAUGGUGAUUACCGCAGCCCUCAUAAGGAUGCUCAUGGUGGCCGAUGGCCUGCAUAUCACGCCGGUCACAACGUUAAUGAAGGCAGGCGCGGUUCAGCCGGGAAUGUCUCGGAAGGUGAUCUCCCUGGCAGUUUAUUAG